CUUUGACAGUAAGACAAAGAUUUAAAAAUUAUUAUGGUGACUAUAUUUUUUUAAAAGCUUAAAUAAAUAUGCCCGCCCGUAGCAGAUCCAGGUUGAUCUAGAAUGUAAUCAAUAUCUAAUAAAAAAAAGAAGUUUAUAAUAAUAUAAUCCUUUGUUAUAUUCCUAGAAAAAUGUGCAACUGUAAUAAAGGUUCCGGCGGCUACCGUAGUCGCUCAAGAUACUCGCGAGCCGAUGCUCACGCACCAGCGCGACCGCCCACCAUCGUAGUGACGCCAAUGCCAAGACGCUCUAUGUUCAGGGAUGCUGCGGCCGUGGCGGGGGGAGUUACUGUCGGCACUACCAUGGGACACUUAGCAGGCGAGGCAAUCUCAAGUUUGUUUACUGGACGACGGAGAGAAGAGGUGGUCCAAUCGUUACCUCAGAAUUAUCAAAUGGGCACAGAGCCUUCAGGACCUUGCGCAUAUGAAAUAGCCCAAUUUCUAAAUUGCGCUACAAAUCGAGAAAAUAUUGAAGAAUGCCAAGCCUUUAAUGAAGCCUUAAGGGAGUGCAAGAAAAGGAAUCAUAUUCCCUGAAACCAGCUUUGAAAUAAAAAAUAUGAAACCAUAAAAUACAUCUAUAAAUCUAA